AUGGCCCGGAAGCCAAACAGCCAGCCUAGAGUGAUGUUCCAGACGACAACCAAGGAGGAGGAAGAUGAGCCUCCUCAACGGAGACUGGGCAAGCUGACCGUCAAGUACAAUCGAAAGGACCUACAACGGAGGCUGGACAUUGAAGAGUGGAUCGACGGGCAGUUGCACCUGCUGUUCAACUGUGAGGAGGAUAACAUUCCAGAACUAGAGAUCGACAUUGAUGAACUGCUGGAGCUGUCUGACUAUGAACAGAGAACAAAACUCCACGAACUUCUUCAAGAGUGUGGCAAACCAAAAGAGGACUUCAUCAAUGGAUUGUUGUAUCGUAUGAAAGGCCUUCGCAAGAUGUCAGGCUCCUUAAGAAAAUGA